CAACAAUUUAACAGAUUAGGAGACCGUAACUUACAGAUCCAGCAAUGUCUUCCAGCUAUUCGGCAAACCAGUAUGACAGCGCCUUUAAACCGCACAGGCUGCAGAACUGGUGUGAGACUAAGCACUUCAGAGAGAGACCUAGUGCACAGGUGGGCCGUACCACCUUCAUCGCUGAUGAUAGAGGACACCUGCUCCCAGGAGUGGGGAAGAGAGGCCUUGCAUGGCCUGACUUUAAAGGCACCUGGGAUCUACCUGCUCGCAUCCCAGGCCAGCGAAUCAACCCUACCGCCCGCUCUGUGGAGGGCCUCAACAGGCUCAAAUCAUGGGGACUGUACCCAAAGAACGCUGACAUGUCUCAGCCACACAGAGGCAGCAAAAGCACAAAUAGGCAGAAGGAAACUGGCGAGCAGACCAGUUUGAAAGUACUGCAGGAUGAUGCCACCCAGUCUGCUGCAGCUGCUCCAGCUUCUCAGAAUUGGUCCACUACUGGGAGUGACAGAACUACCAACCAGAACCAGGAGGAAGCUACGGUGCCCAAAGAGAACCUACACAGACACAAGGAGAACAUGUAA